CUGUUGACAGGCUGUUUCUCUGCCUCUGUGUGCCCUAGCUGACAGUGGAACCUGGGCAUCCCAGACCACCUCUGUCCAGGGGAAGGAUCCCAACCUAAAGAUGAAGGUAUCGUGCUCGGAGAUCACAGAUAUCCAGCAGCCCUGGGGUGCCCAGAACAGACACAACCAUUCUCUUCAAGCUACUCAGAGGGCUCCACUGCUGGUAGCUGCCUGGUAACUGUGCUCUUCUUCUGCCUUCACCAUGCAAAUAAGUUAUUCCCUGGAGGCACAUGUGACUGUUAAACACAGCAGACAAAACCAGUAAUUUCUUCAAGGAUGAGCUGCACCAGAUGGUGUUUAUGAAGAUACCCGAGGGAAGAGUGCCAAAACUGUCUUAGCUACCCACCACAAGCCAUUCUCUGGGAAAUUCCACUGGGUGCACUGGGUGAGAGCUAUGGUGUUGGAGCUGGCUCACCGCACUCUGCCUGCAUGCUGCAGGGGAAGCCUCGCUGUCUAACGUGGGUCUUUGAAUUCUGCUAUGCAGCAAGGCAUCCAGGGUGAACCAUUGAGAGUGAAUACAGCCGUUGCCUGCAGGUACUACUUUUCCUGAGAACAUGGCAGCAACCAAUACUGAAGAGCAACAUUAAUCAAUGAACCUUCUGAAGCUACCUUCAGAGAUACCCAGUGAAUGAAAACCCUAUUUCCCAGAGCAGGACAAGGGACCUGUCACCAUACCAAAGACACAGAAAUAAGGUGAACAGGAAGAAGUCAUGCAGUGAAGCUGACAGAUCAUCUGGUUAGAUCAGAUGUUCAAGAGAAUCACACCUUCAAAGGGAGGUGGAAGGAUGGGGAGAGGGGCAGGAGGAGGGCUGUGCAUAAGUUGUAUCCAACCUGGAGAGGUAGAACAAGUCUACCAUUAUGAUGCUACUCUGAGAGACCAAAAAGGAACCAUUGCUCUGCAGCAUCUGAGCUCUUUGCAACUUCCUCUCUGCCAGGAUCAGUUACUGACAUUUUCUGAAACACUGUCAGCCUUCCAUCUUUGGGUCUUUUGCACAGAGAGGAGUGUGUUGAGCCCCAAACCACUUUGGAUAUUCUUAGUGGAGGUUUCCACACUGUUGUGGUUCUUCGGGUUUUUUUUUUUCCUGAAAUGGUAGGGCUAGGAAACAGCUGCCGAGGGAUGAAGUCUCCACCGCUCCUUGUGGCUGCGCUCCUGGCAUGCAUCAUUGUUUUGGGUUUCAAUUACUGGAUUGCUAGUUCUCGCAGCGUGGAUUUGCAGGGUCGGAUCAUGGAUCUGGAAGGCAAAGUCCGCAGGGCGGCAGCGGAGCGAGGUGCUGUGGAGCUCAAAAAGAAUGAAUUCCAAGGGGAGCUAGAGAAGCAGCGACAGCAGAUUGACAAAAUCCAGUCCUUGCACAGCUUUCAGAUGGAAAAUGCCAACAGAGCACAUCAGGAAGAGAAGGCAGUGCUGAUAAGUAACAUCACAGUAAAUGAACGAUUGAUCCAGAGUCUGCGAGAACACUUGAAGGAGUUACAGAUAGAAUAUGGAAAGCUACAGCUGGACGUUUACAGGUUCCAGAAGAACCAGACUAACCUUCAGAGAAAGUUCUCGUAUGACCUGUCACAGUGCAUCAACCAGAUGAAAGAAUUGAAAGAACAAUGUGAAGAAAGGAUAGACGAGAUUACAAAAAAGGGUAGUGAUGUACCACAAAUCAAAGAAAACAAAGAGUUCUUGGAAGACUCAAGAAAAAAUAGCCAGGUUAAUACUCAACUGCCAGCCUUGAAGCAAGCCGAGUUCAAGCAGCCUGACUUGGAACAGCAGGAACAAAAUGGAGACGUGCCUAAAGCAGCACCUACAGUAAAAAAGACAGACCUGCUGCAGGCUAAAGAAGGAGUGAAUGGCCUAGCUGACAUCAGAAAACAGGAGCCUAAGACAGAAGAAGAGGAGAAGCUUUCUGAUGAACCGAAAACCACACAGGACUUGCUCAAGGCUGCUGAAGGACAUAAGGAGUCAGAGAAGGAUCUGAAUCCAUCUGAAGAUGAAAAACAUGUAGCGGGGCAAGAUGCAUUACAGCUGGCAGUAGAGCAGGCUGCCAGCGAGGAAAUUGAGAGGGAGCAGCUCCUAAAUUACGAUACCAAGCAGGACGACGUGCCCCCUGCCAAGGCUGACAAGCAGGAACAUGAAGCGCUGAACGAGGACAAGGAUGUUGAUUACAAUUUAGAUGAGAAUGAAGCUGAAUCAGAAACAGACAAGCAAGCAGCACUUGCAGGGAUUGAAAAUGUUCAAAACCCUGAAGAUAUGAAGAACCACUUGUCUGAGCAAGGUGAAGAACAACAGAGGUUGUGAACAAAGGAGGUUCAUGAUGCAACUUGGUCACCUCUUCAUAUAAAUACAGCAAUGACAAGAGCAAAGUGAUCUGAGAAUGUUUUGAUUAUCUUAACGCUUCAGUAAGGGUGCAAAUGAAGUUGUAUUUUCUUGUGAAGUUUUAGUACUGUUUCAGUGGUGAAAAAAAAAAAAAGAAAAUUAAAUCUCUGGAGACUUGUUUUAAAGCAGCUUGACUUCUGCAAUGACUCUCUCCUUCCCACCAGUUACAAAAUUGAAACCAGUAAUCAGUACGUGAGUAACUUUGAAGUCAGCUAACUUGUACGGCCAUACUACAGUAACAGUAUGUGUGGAUUGGUGGUAGAUGAGAAAGAUCCAUCCUUGGCAGAGCCCUCUUUCCCCUGAGGACUGCAGAGAAAUUUCUUUUUCUAGUUUUAAGAGAGUCUUAACAGGCGCUAACUUACCUUGACAAAAUGUGGGAAGGAUGAAAAACGGUCCAUGCUGCAGUCUACCCGGGUGCCCGUUCUGGCACCUUUUUACUACAGUCGUGUGCUAGGACUACCCUUUACUCCACCCAGCCACUGUUUUCUGCUAAAAAGUAGAAAGGCAAGUGCUUGUUCUGCAGAAUAGCAAUCACCUCAGCUGUUCAAAGCAUCCAAUCAUCUUCUCUGACAGACUUUUGAAGAUGGUAAACCAGACUAUGCAUUUACCAGACAUCUUGAUGUCUCACACAGGUGAAGCCUGUAACUGUUGUGAAGUCCUAUGUUAUGCACAGUGUGUCAUGUUGUUAAUGUUCUGUAGUCUUUCUUUUUUCUGCAACUUGUUGAAUGUAAACUAGAAGCUAGUUUACUUGUGAUAACCUAGAAGUACCCUCUACUACCACUGAGGCACCCUUAACUGCAAUACCACCUGCACUGUGUGUAGCCAGCUGUUUUGAAGAUUGUAGUUGUGUCUGUUCUCAGGACUGACACCUGUGUUUGGAGCAAUCUUUGCGAGCAUGAACCAACCUCUGUCGAGACAGCACAGGAGCAGACAGACAUGACUAACUUCCUAACCAGCAGUUCCCUUUUAAGAAAAUACAAAUUUGUCUUGGCUGUCUUGUAACACAUCUCAUUUUGUAACGUUUCUGGUAUGUCAUGCCUCAGUGUACUGGCUUACAGCUCCUGUACCUUAAGAUGCCUAAAUAUCCAAGUGGAAGGUUGGUUCUUUUGUGUGUGAAGAGAGCAUUAGCUGUCAUUGAGCGAAAGGCAGAGCUCAAGUCAAAUGGUGCCUGUUAAGCCUAAAUCUGUUAACAGUUCACUGACAGACUUGCCGUGACUAACUUGAGUUCUUCCAAGAAAAGCACUGACUUCUGUGACUUGAAUUCCUGGUUACUCUGUUUUUUUCACCAUUUAAGUUGGACUUUUAACUGGUCUGGGCUACUACAGUCAGUACAGCGCAAAAGCAAAUGCUUGUAAGCAGGAAAGAAAAGGAGGUAUGAGCAUCUCUUCUAACUGACAGGUAUUGGGAAACUUGGGCUAUUAAGUUAUUU